UUUUGAUACUAUGUUAAAUUGCAAUCCAACUAACUCAUUUAAAAUAACUUUUUAGAACAAUUAAUGAUAUCUACAAAUGGUAUUCUCCAAUUGCGAACAAUUAGUGAUAUUUACAAAUGGUAUUCUCCAAUUGCAAUGGAUUCUCGAGUAGAGAUAAGUAUAUCAAAUAACAAUUCCUAAUGAUUUCUGAACUGAUUGGACUUGGCAUAAUUAAUCAAGACCAAACCUAACUUGGAAUCCCGCUUGAAGUAAAUAGAUUUACCUCAGUAACUAUCCCUUAUUUACAAGCUUUGGUGAUAACGACAUAUUUUGGGCACUCCUAUCUCUUGUUCAUAGGGCAGUUGAACAGAAGUAGGUGAAGUGUUGUUGGUUUUUAUCAUGGGUGCAAGCCAGGGUCUCCCUAUAUUUAGAAGAAAACUCUCUCUCUUUCUCUCUCUCUCUCUGCAUGGGACUGUCCAACCUCCUCUCACCUACCACCACCGUUGAGCUUCAAAAACAUAAAUUCUCAAAACAUUCUUACACAAUUAAUUCCUAGUCCCUAGCUAGUGAGCCCUCAUGGGAGAAGAAGUUCAGCCACCACCUCCAACCUCAAACAACAUCCCCUACCUCUUCACACCACCACCAUUUCCACCACCCUCAUUGCACCUUCCUCCUCCACUGCACCACCAACCCAUAUUACAAAACCCUCAAACCGGUGUCGACAUUGACUGGGUUAGCCUCCUCCUCACUGGUUCCAUCACAAAUGGUGAUCUUCAGCUUCCAAAUGUAUCGUCUAUAAUGCCUACUAGUAGGAGUGCAAAUGAAGGAGAGAAUUGUGAAAAAAAUUCUACUAGAGGGAAAGCCAGUAAGAGCAAGAAAGCCAUUCCACCUAGGGUUUCUUUUCAUACUAGGAGUUCUGAGGAUGUUCUUGAUGAUGGAUAUAGAUGGCGAAAAUACGGGCAGAAAGCUGUCAAGAACAACACCCACCCCAGGAGCUACUAUCGCUGCACACAUCAUACAUGCAAUGUGAAGAAACAAAUCCAACGGCUAUCAAAGGACACAAGUGUCGUUGUGACAACAUACGAGGGCAUUCACAACCAUCCUUGUGAGAAACUUAUGGAGACCCUAAGUCCUCUUCUAAAGCAAAUUCAGUUCCUUUCCAGAUUCUAAAACCAUGUCGGUAUACUUCAGGAUGAUGAAAGUUUGAAGCAUUCACAGCUCUGCUAACUUGUUCACUCUCUAACAUUGUACAAAGAAAUCAAGAAAGAAAGUGAAGAGAAAAUGAUAAAGAAGCUGUGUGAGUGUGCUGUAUAUUAACAAGAAGAAUUAGUUUCAUUGCCGCAUAACCGCAUCUAAUUUUCCAAUCAUCUUUGUUUUUGCCAUUAACACAGCAGAAAUUGCAACAGAUUCAAGUGUGGUCUGUUCUUUUUCUUUUUUUCUUUUUUUUCCUUUUAUUACUCCU